AUGAAAUACUCCGCGAUUUCCUACGUAUGGAGAGGGCUAGGUCUGCUGCCCUCCACGGAAAAUAGGUGGCUCAAGAUCAAACAGGAUGAGCGGGGAGACCGAAUCAAUGUCGAGGUCCUAUGCCAUGCUGCUGCUGCAUCCUUGCAUCGCGGAAUCCCUCACAUCUGGAUGGACCGGUUAUGCAUCAUGCAGACGAAUACAGAUGACAAGAAUUGGCAGAUUCGCAAGAUGUUUGGAAUAUAUCAAGAUUGCUCCCUCUGCAUUGUCCUCCCAGGAGGCAUGCAGCGACUGGUCCGACUAGAUGAGGAGACCACUUGGAUACAUCGUGGCUGGACACUACAGGAAGUCUUGGCCCCUCCAGAGGUUCAUGUUCUUUUCGAAUGGAGACUGGGGUCAGGUGAGGCUCGGGGUGGUGAGGGAAAGUUGCAACACGUCCAGGAGGUCAUGAUCAAGGAGUCUGCUAUGGCUUCCAUGCCGAUGAUCCUGGAGGCAUGUACUGUGGGGUACCUAUCCUUCACAUCGACGGAAAGGAACCAAGCCAAACCAUAUAUGGUUAAGGCAGCCAUGUUCAGCGACAUCGAGAGCCACUCAUAUAAUGACCCGCCCUUUUGGCAACCACAGAGGAAGGUUCUCGCACCUAACAUCGCUGCCCUCACUGUCGCCAUGGACCUGGAAGGCAUCUUCGACACCACCGCAAAGAAUUACGCAAUUUGGCAGAGUUCACUCAUGCGAACAUCGUCGAGGCCGGUGGACAUGGUCUUCAGCAUCAUGGGCCUCUUCGGCGUCACACUUGAUACGAAAAGCUUCUCCAGAAAUGAUCGCCUUUGUGCAACCAUGGCCCUAGCCUCCGAGAUUUUGCGCAAGCGCGAAGAAGCAUCAUGGCUCGGCGUAGCGUUCCGCAUUGCACCUUGCAGGUAUCUGUCGACGUUUGCCGCAUUCCCGCAAACAAGUGUCGCCGGUAAAGCUCUGGUACCGACCAAAGAGGGUGGGCAACAGGUGUCCCAUUUGAUCACCAACGAGUAUCCAUAUGUAGACGCACUCUGCCCUAUGCCUCACGGCAGCAUGGAUGAGCAUGGUUAUCUCAAGUUCGAAGGGAAAGCCGUUCCUAUCACCAGGCUUCUACAAAAAGCCGAAGGGUCGCAGACUGAUCAGGCACAGGUUGCCCCUACACGACCAAGUGUCAUCACCGCCGUGGAUGGCUCACGCUGGAAAGUCAGGAAAGAGAAUGAUUCGUUGGAGCAAGCAGUGGAUAGUGGAGCAAGACCGGAAGUGACAGGCGGGGCGGAGGCGUUUGUUGUCCUGUUGGGCUGGUUCAAUGAAUAUUAUCCGGGUGGAACACCAGCCCACGACGCCAACAACAUACGGGCGAUGCUUCUGCAGGAGCAUGACCCAGAGGGACGGUGUUAUCACCUGCGAAGCUAUGUAUACCUGAGUCAGCGCACAUACAGCUGGGUCAAGAGCUGGAAGGAAUACCCUUUCCUAGUGGGAGGCCCGGACACCUUCACGGAAUGCGAUGGCACUGAGAGUUCUUCUAGUGAGCUUGUGGAAAUCGUGGUUCCAGAAGCGCGAUACCCAUUUCCCUCAAGCUCACGGAAGGAUGUCACACUGAGGGACCAAGUAAUACGAAAGUCGAGAUGGGCCGUGGACCAGCGGAUCCUGGAGAACAUGCUGCAGAGUCCUCCAAUGGAGCGAUUGUGUGAUUACGCAGAAAGCAAUACCCCUAUACAUUACCUAGGGUAG